UGCUCCCGUGCAGGUGCGCGGUUGCCAGGCGACGGCAGUGACUGACGGGGUGGGGGAAGGAGCGAGCACCUCAGGUGUCGUCUGACCAGCGGGAAGGUGAAAUUCGUCCGGCGGUCGCGGCUGUUAAAGCCGCCGUGACGGGACGAAGACGACCGGCCGCCGCGCUCCGCUGUUGCAAUUCACCGCCAGCCGGACGGCGCAACAAAUCCGCAUCCUUUGCAAUGGCUUCGGGGCUGCUGAUCAGUGACGAUGAAAAGGGUUAUGACCCAGAGUUGUUUUGUAUUCCGAAGCACUAUGAAGAAGACCUUGAAAGAGUUUUCAUUCCUCAUGGGCUUAUUAUGGAUCGGACCGAGCGGCUAGCCAGAGAUAUAAUGAAGGAUAUGGGCGGCGAUCACAUCGUGGUGCUUUGUGUACUGAAGGGGGGUUACAAGUUCUUUGCUGAUCUGUUGGACUACAUCAAGGCUCUGAACAGGAACCAGGAAGAGUCACUCCCAAUGACCAUUGAUUUCAUCAGGUUGAAGAGUUACUGCAACGAUCAAACUGCAGAGGAAGUGAAAGUUAUUGGAGGGGAUGAUCUGUCUUCACUGACUGGGAAGAACAUCUUGAUAGUUGAAGACAUUGUGGAAACUGGGAGAACGAUGAAGAAGCUCCUUAAACUUCUGGAGAGCCACAAGCCCCAGAUGGUCAAAGUGGCAAGCUUAUUGUUGAAAAGAACUCCUCAGAGCUCAGGAUACAGACCGGACUUUGUAGGAUUUGAAAUUCCAGAUAAAUUUGUGGUGGGAUACGCCUUGGAUUACAAUGAACAUUUUCGGGAUUUGAAUAUGCUGCCUGAUUCACUGAGUACCCUAGGGCGACAUGGUAGCUUAUCAGUUUACAGUGCCAGUGAUCACCGAUUGAGGUGCAAUUCCCAGCGCUGCCUGCAAAGAGCUUGUGCAUGCUCCCGCACAUUUGUGUGAUCAGCGAUAAAGGCAGGCAGAAAUACAAGGUCUGAAGAAAGGACGGAUUCCCUCACAAUAUCCCGGAGAGCUGAGCACAGUAGAUUCCUAAAUAUCAUUAUCAUCUCAAUUUACUUGUAAGCAACAGAAUGUGGGGAGAAAAGACUCCAUAUGGAAAUGUACAUAUCUGGAAAUUAUUCAGAUUAUUUCACUAUUUUUGUAUUGUGUUUGAUGGAAAUGGCUUAAAAUUUUAUAUUUCAAGCAUCCGGUAAUAUUUUACUUCAGCCCUUCUGAAAGUGGUGAGAGCAAAAAAUAUUUUUGUAUUCAAAUACUUUGCUUGUGCAGGGGCGCAGGGGUGUCAAGCUUUCUGAAGGCAAAAGUGCCCUUCACGGGACACAGCUCACACAGUUCGAGGGCUGUGGUCUCCACGGUGACUUUCGACAUACUGUAGCGCCCACAGGUAAGGCACAGGCACUCCUUGGAAGGCGAUCUGGGUUCUUCUGAUGGACAUGUCCUGCCUGCUUGAUGCCUGGGUGGAGUGGCACUGGUAAUUCCGUUGCCUCAGUUCUGCCAGAGACCAGGGUUCAAUCCUGGUCUUAGCAGCUGCCCAUGUGGAAUUUGCACGUCCUCCCUGUGCCUGGGUGGGUUUCCUUUGUGUGUUCCACCUUCCUCCUGCAUCCCAGAGAAAAAGCUGUUGUCAAUUGCAUGUAGGUGAUGGGGGGGGGGAAUUGAAUCAAAAUCAGGUUUAUUAUCACAGACUUCUGUUGUUGAAUGUGUUGUUUUGCAGCAGCAGUACAGUGUAAUAUGUAAAAUAUACUAUAAAUUAUAAUAAGGAAUUUAUAUAUAAAAUUAGAAGUGGGAAAAAGAGAUCAAAAAUGGUGAUGAGGUAGAGCUUCAUAGACUCAUGAAAUCUGAGGGUAGAGGGGAAGCAACUGUUCCUAGGAUGUUGAAUGUAUGUCUUCAGACCUUCUCCCUGAUGGUAGAGGUGACAAGAGGGCGUACCCUGGGUGGCAAGGUUCCUUAACUAUGGAUGCUGCCUCUUUAGGUCAUAGAGUCAGAGAAAAGUACAGCACAGAAACAGACCCUCCUGAUCAUCUAGUCCGUGCUGAAACAUUUAAACUGCCUACUCCCAUUCACCUGCACUGGGACCACAACCCUCCACAUCCCUGCCAUCCAUGUACCUAUCCAAACUUAAAGGUAGAAAUUGAGCUCACAUGCACCACUUGUGCUGGCAGCUUGUUCCACACCUGCACAACCCGCUGAGCGAAGAAGUUUCCCCUCAUGUGCCCAGUAAUCUUUUCACCUUUCACCCAUAAACAGAUGGUGUACACCCCAGGGUUCUAAAAGAUGGCUGAAGAGAUUGUGGAGGCAUUAGUAAUGAUCUUUUAAGAAUCACUGGAGUCAGGAGUGGUUCCGGAAGACUGAAAAUUGCAGAUGUUACUCCAUUGUUCCAGAAGGGAGAGAGGGAGAAGAAAGGAAAUUAUAGGCCAGUUAGUCUGACCUCUGUGGUUGGGAAAUUGUUGGAGUCAAUUGAUAAGGGUGAGGUCUCAGGGUACUAGGAGGCACACAAUAAAAUAGGCAGAAGUCAGCAUGGUUCCCUCAAGGGAAAAUCUUGCCUGACAAAUCUAUUGGAAUUCUUUGAAGAAAUAACAAGCAAGAUAGACAAAGGAGAAUUGGUUGAUAUAUAUUCUGGGUUUUCAGAAGGCCUUUUACAAGGUUUCACACAUGAGGCAGUUUAACAAUCUAUGAGCCCAUGGUAUUAGAUUCUAGCAAGGAUAAAGCUGUGGCUGACUGGCAGGAGGCAAAGAGCGGGAAUAAAGGGAGCCUUUUCUGGCUGGCUGCCAGUGACUGAUGGUGUUCCACAGGGGUCUGUGUUGGGACUGAUUCUUUUUUUUUGUUAUAUGUUAAUGAUUUGGAUGAUGGAAUUGAUGGCUUUGGUUCAAUGUUUGCUGACAAUACGAAGAUAGGUGGAGGGGCAGGUAGUUUUGAGGAAGCAGAGGAGCUACAGAAGGUCUUAAACAGAUUAGGAGAAUGGGCAAAUGAGUGGCAGAUAGAAUACAGUAUCGGGAAGUGUAUGGCCAUGCUCUUUGGUAGAAAAAAGGAAAAGGCUGACUUUUUUAAAAAUGGAAUGAAAAUAGAAAAAAAAACUGAGGCUAAAGGGACUUGGAAUUCUUCUGCAGGAUUCCCUAAAGGUUAAUUUGCAGGUUUAGUUUGUGGUGAGGAAGGCAAAUACAAUGUUAGCAUUCAUUUCAAGAGGACUAGAAUAUAAAAGCAAGGAUGUAAUGUUGAGACUUUAUAAAGCACUGGUGAGGCUGCACCUUGUGUAUUGUGAGCAGGUUUGAUCCCCUUAUCUUAGAAAGGAUGUGCUGAUACCAGAGAGGGUUCAAAGGAGGUUCACAAACAUGAUUCCCGGCUUGAACAGCUUGUCAUAUGAAGAGCGUUUAAUGGCUCUGGGCCUGUAUUCACUGGAAUUCAGAAGAAUGAAGGUUGACUUCAUUGAAACCUAUCAAAUGGUGAAAGGCCUUGAUACACUCUCCUACCAUCGGAGACAUCCUCUUCAUAUCCACUCUAAGUCCAGAGGACACAUUCUCAGAAUAGAGGUGUGUACUUUUAGAAUGGAGAUGAGAAGGAAUUUCUUUAGCCAGAGAGUGGUGAAUCUGUGGAAUUCAUUGCCACACACAGUUGUGGAGGCCAAGUCAUUGGGUAUAUUUAAGGCAGAGGUUGAUAGAUUCUUGAUUAGUAAGGGCAUGAAGGGAUAUAGAGAGCAUGCAGGAGAUUGGGGCUGUGAGGGAAAAAUGGAUAAGCCAAAAUGAAAUGUCAGAGUCAACUCAAAGGGCAAACUGGCCUAAUUCUGCUCCUUCGUCUUAUGGUCUUAACCCAUGACCAUUCAACUUCAGUAGAAAAACCCUGCUUGCAUUUAGCCUAUCUAUACCCUUCAUAAUUUUGUAUACCUCUAUAAAAUCUCCGUUCAAUCUUCUAUGUUCCAAGGAAUGCAGUCAUUGCCAUUUGAAGAUGUUCACGAUGGUGGGGAGGCUGUGCCAAUGAUGGAGCUGGCUGAGUUCACAAUUCUCUGCAUGAUGAGUAUGUAGAGAAAAUAAAAAAUAAAAUCUAUAUAAUUGGUGGGGCGGGGGGGAGAUGAGAUCAUUGGGAAGGGCCUGUUUCUGGACUGUAUAUGUGCCAAGUUAAAUCUUGUUCCUGCUUUGAUGCCAUGCCAAUGAACAAAAUCAAAACUGAUGUGGGUUUCUCACUCUUCUUCCUUGGGAAACAACAGCAGCACCAGCAUUCCUUCUCAUUUUUUUAAUAUAUAUAGCUGCGCAGACCAGCCAUUGCUUUGAGCAGGAAAUUCUUACACGGUCUGAAAACUGUGAGGCAUGUUAAAUGGCUUUUUUUUGUAAUAUGCAUACUAAGAAUAUUUAGAAUGAAAAUUGAAAAAUCGCAUAAUUUGGAUUUUAUUAAUUGAAGCGUGUAUUGAAAUACAGCAAAGAAAAUCUUUCACAUUUCAAGCAUUUUUUUCUAGCUGUGUCCAAUUCCAGCUAGAUGGCAACAAAGGCUAUGUGCAUGGGAGCAUUUCAGUUAUUGCACGAGAGCGCACCCACGCAGCUUAGAGGCAACAGUGAUGAGCAUAAAGAAGUAAGGAGGGAAUCAAAAGAUCUAGGAUGCCCAGCCCAUUGUUCUGUACAGGAUCAUGAAGAAGGUACAUGUCACGCUUCUCUUUAUAGGGUGACGUAGAAUAUAUAAGUUGGGGCAUUAUGUUGCAUCUUCAGAAAACACCGGCUAAGCUCUACUUGGUGUGCAAUUCUGGUUGCCAUACUACAAAAAGGAUGCAGUUACCAUGGAGAGAGUGCAGAGGAGAUUCACCAGCACAUUCCUUUCACUGAAGGACCUUAGUUAUUGGGAGAGAUGGCUUUGGUUUGGCUUGUUUUCCAUAGAGUGAAUUAGAAUCCGGUUUACUAUUGCAGACACAUGUUGUGAAAUUAGUUUUGUGGCAGAAGUACAGUGCAAUGCAUUAAAAUAUAAAAUGUAGAAGAUGUAUAAAUACUGCAAAAAGAGAACAGAAUGGUAAUGUGGUAUUCAUGGGUUUAUGAACUAUUCAGAAAUGCGGAGGGAAGAAGCUGCUCAUAAAAAAUUGAGUAUGUGUUUUCAGGCUCCUGUACAUCCUGUACAACCUGUUGGUGGUAGUAAUGAAGAAUCUUCUGAUAGAACUUGUAUUGGGGGGGGGUGCGAUUGCACAGGAUUGAAGUAAGCCGCAGGGAGUUGUAAAAUUAGUCAGUUUCAUUAAGGGUACUAGCUCCCAUAGCAUCGAAGACAUCUUCAAGGAUCAGUGCCUGAGAAAAGUGGCUUCCAUCAUCAGGGACCCCCACCACCCAGGCCAUGCCCUCUUCUCAUUGUUACCAUCAGGAAGGAGGUACAGACGCCUAAAGGCACACACUCAGUGAUUCAGGAACCCCUCCUUCCCUCUGCCAUCCAAUUUCUGAAUGGACAUUGAACCCAUGAACACUAGCUCACCCAUUUCUUUUUAUUAAUUUCUGUUUUUGCAGUACUUAUCCUAAUUUAAGUAUUUUGUUUAUUGUACUGUUGCCGCAAAGUUAACAAAUUUCAUGAUGUAUGCCAGUGAUAUUAAACCUGAUUCAGAUAUUGAUAGAAUUAUAUAAGCAUAUGGAAACAUACAGAGCUGUGCAGAAGCCUUGGCACAUGUAUUUAGCUUGUGUGAAAAUGACUUUUGCACAGUACUGUAUUUGUCAACGUGAAGCGGAGUGCGAAUUAGUAAAUCUGGUGGGAGCAAAGGUUGUUGGGAGUGGCAGGGGUGGAGUGCCAAGGGAAGGGUAUGGGGCAGGUGAGAGGAAAGGAAUGCCAAGAGAUGGGGGAUGGCACGGAUAUAGACACCCGGACGUGAGACACCAGGCAAGGCCAUUUGAUUCCAAACAAUUGGUUUAUUAAUCAUUACAGAAUCUUUCUCUGGUACUUCCCACUCCCUCCCCUCUCCCUUUCCCUCUUCAGAAUCAGAUUUAUCAUCACUCACGUAUGUCAUGAAUGUUUUUUUGGCAGCAGCAGUUCAGUGAAACACAAAAUUACUACCGUACUGUGCAAAAGUCUUAGGCACCCUAGCUAUAUAUGUAUAUAUAUAUAUAUAUAUAUAUAUAUAUAUAUAUAUAUACACACACACCUUGGACUUGGCUCAGUACUAAAUUUCAUAGAUAUUCAGCCCUGAAGAAGGGUCUUGGUCUGAAACAUUGCUUAUUUAUUCUUUUCGUAGAUGCUGCCUGACUUGCUGAGUUCCUCCAGCAUUUUGUGUGUGUUGAUCUGGAUUUCCAGCAUCUGCAGACUUCCUCGUGUUUAUAGAUACUCAGAUUUUUUUUCCCCCCGUGGUAAGGUGGAUCAACAAUGAGGGUUCAGGUUUAAAAUGUGUGGAGCGAGUUUUAAAUGGGAUCAGAGGGGUAAGAUUUACACACACAGAGUGUGGUUAGUAUCUAGAUCGUGCUGCCAAAGGAGGUGGUGGGACCAGAUACAAUUACAAUGUUUUAGGAGGUGCUUGGACAAAUACUUAAUAGGCAAAGUAUAGGCCGAUAUGGUCCUAAUGUGGGCAAAUAGGUGUAGUGUAGCUAGGCAAAAAGGUUGGCAUGGAUAUGGUAGGCCAGAGGGCCUAUUGCUGUUUUAUACUCUACUGUGUCUUAAUGAAAAAGUAGACGGGAAUAGGCCUGCCUUGUGGUUUCUGCUCCUUUCGGGAAUAAAAUUGAGAAUCAGGUUCAUUAUCAUUGAUCUAUCAUGAAAUUUGUUGUUUUGUGGCAUUAACACAGUACAAGACAUAAAAAUUACUUUUAGGUUAGAAAAAAAUUGAAUAAUGCCAACGAUAGAUAAUGAGGCAUUGUCGUGGACUCUUCAGAAAAUCUGAUGGCAGAGGGGAAGAAGUUGUACCUAAUCACAAACAAGAGAAAACAUGCAGAUGCUGGAAACCUAAAAUGUUGAGUGUGGGCCUUCGGGCUUCUGUACCUUCUCCUCGAUGGGUAAUCAGAAAAGGGUAUUUCCUGGAUGGCGAGAGCCCCUAGUGAUGAAUGCUGCAAACUUGAGGAGAUCCUUUUGAAGAUGUCCUAGAUCAGGAGUUCCCAACCCUUUCUAUGCCAUGGACCAAACCAUUAAGUAAAGUGUCUGUAGACCCCAUUUUCAGAACCUCUGUCCCAGAUGGUCAUGGUGAAAAACAGUGACAGACAAUAGGCUUGUCGUAUAUCACAGAUCAACUCAAAUGCAGCAGAAGAUAAAGCAUAAACACAAGAGGGUCUGCAGAAGCUGGAAAUCCUAAGCAACACGCAAAAAUUGCUGGAGGAACUCAGCAGGUCAGGCAGCAUUUAUGGAAAUGAACAGUUGACAUUUCAGGCCAAGACACCUUCUUCAGGACAGAAGGUGAGGCAGGAUGUGAAGUGAUCUGCAGCUUUGCUGAGGGUUAGUUCCUCUGUGUUGCCACAAGCCAAUUACGGCCCAGGGGAUCCAGAUGACCUUCUGGGGCAGAGUCCAAUUACAUUCUGGGGAGGUGGGAUCUAGCUGGCUGUGUCAGAUCUGCUGGUUUUGAAUGAAGCACAAUCCAGGAAUUCCAGCUGAGCAUAUUAUACUUGCUGGCUUGAAUUCAUCACAGUCUGGACAUUGCAUGGGUUGGUUAGAUCCGCCUGACUGCGCCAUGUCCAGUUAUCGUGCAGGGGCUCCAGUUGCUCGGGUUACACCUGCUGACCAUUGGUGAAGGGAUUGUUAUUGUGGCACAUCCUGAGUUACAGUGCCAGGGAAAACAACAACAGAAUGCAGAAUAGUGUUACAGGUACAGAGAACGUGCAGUGCUGGCAGAUAAUAAAGUGCAAGGACCAUAACGAAGUGGAUUGUGAGGUCAAGAGUCUAUCUUAUCCCUUUAGGGAAUCAUCCAAUAGUCUUGUGACAGUGUGGUAGAAGUUGUCCUCGAGCCUGGUGGAACAUGCUUUCAGGGGUUUUUGUAUCUUCUGCCCAAUGGUGGAGGAGGGGGCACAGAACAGAGAGUGUCCAGGACGGGUGGGGUGUUGGAUUAUGCUGGCAGGGAGCGUGGAGACGGAGGCUGGUUUCCAUGAAGUCCUGAGAUCCACCCUCUGCCUUCCAUGGACUCUGUCUACACUUGGCAUGGCACCAAUCACAGCACAGCUCGUUGUAUGAACUCAGCUGGCAUUAAGCACUCACCAGACCAUAUUAGUCUGUGUUGUAAAUGAGUACAAAUGAGUACACUUCAUCCUCAAUCGUAAGGUCCCUCCUGGUGCCAUCUCCAAACUGCCUGGUAGUAAAGUGACCCUUCCACCCAGAGCACCAUUCCUCAGGGGAGUUCCCAGCACACUGGAUCCCAAGGGUGCAUCUGGUUCUCCCUUCUUGAGUGGAUCCACCAGCGGGAGGGCGGAAAAUGCAGAUUAGAUUGGCAAGCAUGGUGGAGAUAUGAGGGAGCAGGUAGAGUCAGAUUUUUAGAGGAAGUCUUGGAUUUCACACUCUCACGUUCAGCAGAAACCUAAACUCUGUUUGCCUGUUUUUGAGGUUCACGUCUCAAGUACAAAAUCCUUUGUGUACUGAGGAGUUGGAGGUGCCGUCUUAGGGAGGAAGUGUCAGGGAUUUAUCCAGUAUUCAUUCUUCAGUAUCAUUAAAGUUGGAUCAUUUGGUCAACCACCAACUUCAUGUUUGUAGGAUCUUGCAAAUUUGCUGUCAGGAUCCCCAGAGCAGUUCAUAAAGUACUCAGUGUGUCCCUGACAGGGGAAUGAAAGGAAACGCGAGUCUUAAUCCUGCAAAUGAAUGGGAUAUGUCGUCAUUACACAGUUGCUCCUCCCUUCUCCUACCAGGAUGGAAAUUCUACACUGUUCUGGCCCCUCAACUUGUUUUGUUUGGUUACUUUGGCUUCUAUUUAUACCCAUUUGUUGAGGGUGUAACACACAUGUUCACCGUCUACAGCCGCUGCAUGUAUUCACGCUGGUCAAAUGCCUCUACGCUCAGACCCAAGACACCACAAGCAGAGAAUUUUGCACUCCAAGCAUUCAAAUUAUGAAUGUAAUGCAGAAACGCCCUUAUGGUGUACCUCGCAUGUAUAUUUUUGAUGGUGUAUAUGCUAUUUUGAAGUCAGUCUAUAAUCGUGGAUUAAUAAUGUAUUCUAUUUUUAAUUUGGAAUGAACUGAAAUGAAUGCAUCUGCAAUAAAAUAAUGCAACAAGAAAAAAUAAA